AUGACGAGUGCCGUUGAAUCACUGAUAUCGAGCGCGAAAUCCAAGGAUGAUCAAAUCGACCGACUCCGUGGGAGUAUGGAGGCAGAAAGACACUGGCUGGCUAGAAAGCAGUUUCUGCUCAAGAACUGGGAUGAUUAUACGGACGAAAAUCGCGAAAAGCUUGAGUGUCUUUCCCAAUGCUGGUCUGGGCUUCAUUUUCUUGGUGUUGGCUACCCCCUUCAAGUGGUUGAGAAGAUAAGGGAGAUGUCCUUUGGGUUGCCAAACAUGUCCGAUAUGCUCAAAGACGCUGAUCGCGAAAUUCACAGCCGAGAAGUUCGAAGAAGAAGAGACGAGCAAGCUAAAGUCAUUACUCUCGACAAUCAAAAUAGCCGAAAGCGGCCAGCUGAAGGCGAUCUUCCUCCUCCAGUCAAGCCAAAUGCGAAACACAUCGGGCUGUUCUUGAACUUGUCAAGUUACUGUAGAAAACAGGGAGAGGAGGCCAAGUUGGCACAUUGUGUGUCAAUGCAGAAGCAGCGGGUGACCUUUUUGUCGGAAGAAUGCCCGCCUGAACAGAUAGAAGAAAUGGAGAAAUUUUAUGAGCGACCGAUCUCAGCGUGCGACGAAGUUGUAGAAAUAAGCAUCAUCAACACCUUCAUCGCCCAAGCAGUAGCUCCAACACGAGAGGAAGCGAAGAGACUAGCGACGGAGCAGGCGAUCAAGAUCUUGCAGAAAACACCCCUCGUCGUCGUUUCCUGCCACCGAAAGAAAGCGAAUGGAAAGAUUGUUUCAGAACUCUGCGUCUCGAACUCCCGAGGAGCCAAAGGAAAGGUCAAUCAUUUCAUAUAA